AUGAAAUUUGCAAAGCUGCUUGAACAGAUACUCCAAAACGAGGAUAUUCCUCAGGAGUGGGCCCUGUACACCAUCCAGUAUAAGAAACUGAAGAAGUACAUUAACAGUGUGGUUCAGGAGCUGGAAAAUAGCGGAUUAGAGAAGAACGAUAUCACAGAUCUUAUUAUUCACAGAGGUUCCGACAGCUUCCACUAUCUGGCUGAAUAUGACUUUAUUGCCGAGAACGAACAAAUACGACCUUAUCUCAAAAUGCGAGUUGCAGAAGAGGACCUGUCAAAAAUCCACGAACUCGGUGGCAGGAUUGUCACAUUUUCAGAUGAGAGGGUACAACAAGCGGAUGAUUUGGAGAAAAGUGGACUCGAAUCAACGAAGAGGGUUAUCGAAAUUUUGAUCGAACUAAAGCAGGAUAAAGCGUUUUUCGAAACUUUGUACAGUGAAGUCAGAGAUCUGUCAAACCUGGAGAGCGUGCAGAAAGGCGAAUUUACAGAAUCUGUGACACAGAUAAGCAACUCAAUCAGCAAGCUCACAUCACCAAGCAUACGAAGAUCCGACAUGUACGUCUGGCGAGAGAUAUUCAAAAUGUACAUUGAUUCUGAAGUAUUCUUCAGCUGCUCAGGAGUGAAAGUUGGUGAACGCAAAGUUGAACAGGCUCGCGGACAGCUUGAAAUGUUCUCCAGAAGACUUGAGGAGACCAAAUUGCUCUCGAAAUUUCGUCACAAGCAAAGCGCCAGGGCGUUUCAAUCAUUUUACACUGUGAAUUUGAGACUCAUCCAAGCCUUACGCUUUCAAGAUUUGAACAAUACAGCCUCUUACAAGAUUCUGAAAAAGUUCAAUAAGCAGACACUUUUGGAUACACAAAACUUUCCUAUGCUGGUGCGACUACAGACUUUCAGAGAAACAUCUUUUGUGCAAUCACUCUGCAGCAUCAUAGCGACGCAGCUGUUGAGUGUUGUUCCACAGGUAGAAGAUUACACGUGCCCUAUCUGCACAUCUGUGGCUUUCAAACCCAUCCGUCUCGAUUGUGGACAUGUCUUUUGUGUGCGGUGUCUGGUCAAGCUACAAAGAGCAAGUAAGGAUAGUUGCCCUCUAUGCAGGGAGGAUGUUGUAAUGAAAGCAGACCAGGGAAAUCUAGACAUUGCGAGAAUGGAAUAUUUGAAGCUCUAUUUCCCAAAAGAGACGAAACAGAAGCAAGCCGAAACCGAGAAAGAAAUCGCAGUGGAGCAAUUCGGAGUUCUUGCCGAACAAAAGUGUAUAAUACAAUAA